ACCUACAGAGCUACAAAGGAAGAUAUUGUUAUGGAUUCCAAUUCUAAGUAUGAAAGUAAUAAAAACACAAAAAAACGUUCAAAAAAUCAGGAAAAACGUCUGGAAGAUGUCAGAUUGGAAGAUAAUAACAAAAUUGAACAACUACUUCCAUGGUUACUAAAAUUCAAUAAAAUCAUACAUUCAUAUACAGGAAGUAGAAAUUAUGAACAUCUGGAACGAUUGCUUUUCUUCUACACCCAGAAUAUUCUUUCUAGCGUAGCAGAGAACACUGUCGAAUUUAAUGAUAAAAUUAAUUUGAUAAAAAAUCAUAUUAAUAAAAUGUUAAUAUUCUUUCACAUGUAUUGGCUUGAUAUAAAACAGCAGAAUGUAGAUUAUAGUCAAUAUUUAAAUAAAAUAUCAGCUUUGUUAAAUGUAUAUAUAGAUAUGGAGUUAAAAACUUCUAGUCACGUCGUUAAAGAUUCUUCUAAAGUUGCAGCAAAGAUUCUUGCAGCAUUGUACAUAUACUUAAAUAACUCGGAAGAACAUAUUUUUAGGAUAUUACUUAGAAAUAAACACACAAAAAAAUAUACAAAAGUAUGCAAUCAUAUAUUUAUGAGGAGCUUUACUAAUCUCAAAACAAAGACGACGUCUAUAACCGAUGUAGCUUACAUCAGAUAUUUGCUCGCCUUUAAAAUAUGGAGAAAAAUGGAAGAAACAGCAAAGAAGUUAAAUCUUUCUGACAAAAAGAAAAGAAUUGAUGAGUUAGCCCUAAUGCUGUUAGGACCGCGUAUGCCAAAAUUGCAAGACGAAUUAUUGAAAUUUGUGCCUAGACCACCUAUUCAAGAAAAAAAUGAAACACUAUGGUUAAUAGAAUCAAACCAAUUUGAUAUAAAGGAAUUUCAUAAACAGUUCCUGCUAUUUGAAGACAAAAUGGACAACUCUACAGGUUUAAAAUAUACCAAAACAAUUCAUGCUGAUCAGACUUGUUCAAAAUCUCAGAAGCAUCAGAUAAAUUCAUUAUUUUGUCCAAAUAAUUCUAAUGGAAGUACAUCUGAACAGAAAGUAAAUAAAUGCUUAGAUGGUUUACGAAAUAAUAAUACAUUAUCAAAUAAUAAAAAUAAUAAAAAUAAAUGUUUGGAAACUCAUUUACAAAAAAGUGGAUCAAGAAGCCUUAAACCAUUGAAAAAAAACAAUUCACACAAAAUUAUAAUAAUUGAUUUAACUGGAGAUGAUAAAGUAAAAAGAAAAAGGACUAAUCGAAAUUCGGAAUCAUCGAAAGUUAAGAAAAAUAAGAGAAACAAAAAGAAGCAUAUCAAUUCUUCAAAAUAUUUAAACAAACUUACAAAUUCCGAUGUUAAAGAACAUUCUAAUGAAGACAACAAAAAUUUAAAAGAAAAAAAUCGUUUAGAAUCUAAACCUGUCGAUAUCAAAAGUAGUAAUGGUAUAGAAAAUUGUACUUUAGUUAGCAGUGAUACCUGUAUGGAGUUUACAAAAGAGAAUGAGAAACAACACAGUUAUAACUUGCAUUAUUUGAAUUCAGCGAUGUUAGACGAUCAGAAUAUUAACGAGUUAAAGACUAAUGUGUCGGAAAAAAAUAAACUAAAGAAUUGUGUAUCAUCUAAUAUGACAAUAGAAGAUAUAACUAGAUCUUGUGACAAUUCGAUAACACAAAAUAAGGAUGCAUUAACAUCUCAGGAAGAAAGUGCCAUGGAGACAAUACCUUUAAAAACGUGCCAAAACAAUGUUACAGAUCAGCAGAAUUAUCAAUUUGAUUUUAAGCAAGAAUUUCCAACAAGUGCGGAUUGUGCGAUACAAAAAUCGUGUCCGUGUUGCAAUACAAGGCAUGUUGAUCAUUUUAUAAUGACUAGUUUACAAUUUAUAACUGAUCGUAGCUCACUAAUUACGGAAAUGAUGAAACAGAAUGUAUGUCAAAUUAAUAAAUGUCCAAAGUAUUGUACAAACGUUAUCGUGGCAAAAGCACAAGGGAAUCUGCAUAAUACAUUUUACGAUAAUGAAAACGAUAUCAAAUUGACUUGCGACACAAUAAAAAAUGAUUGCAAUAAAUAUGUUUAUCUUUUGAAUCAUACUGAUAAAUGUGUCACGACUGUACACGCUGAAAAGAGAGUACAAUGUUUAGAUAAAUCCAAUGACAAAUGUACUGUUUCAACUACAUUUACUGAAGAUAAAGUUGUAGACUCACCAUCGUAUAGUCAACAUGUCAAUGAUAAAUUUGUAAAAAUAAAUGAUCACGAUAGUAAAUAUUCUGAAACUAUGAUAAAGGAACAACAAAAAGAAAGUGAUUCUUUUACAUUAAAUGAUCGAUUACAUUUCUCCAAUGUAGACGUCGAUUAUAACAUGAAAAAAUUUUUCCCCAAAAAAGAAGAAACUGACGAAAUGACAAACAAUAUAGACUUGGAGCACAACAAUUUUGUAAAUGAUAUCCAAAGUGAAACUCUUAUGGAAGAUGUCUUCUGGCAACCUUCUGAACAGCCCGAAAUUAAUUUAGCCGGUGUACUAAAUAAAUCUGAGGACACAUGUAUUGUCUCAACUACAUUUAUUGAAGACCAAAUUAUGGAAUCGUCAAUGGACAGUCAGCGUGUCAAUUCAGAUAAUAGAAGAAAAUGUGUUUACGAAUAUACGAUGAAAGAACGAGGAAAAAGCGACUGCGAUACUUUGAUGUCCUCUGAACAUUCAUUUAAUACUGACUUUUUUGAAAUAGAUUCAAAAGAAAUUAGUGAAGUAAUGAAAACUAAUUGUAUAAAUGACUUUGAAGAUAUCAGUGUCUCACAUUUUCAAACUUUGGAAGAUUUAUUAACGAAUGACACUACUAAUUUCCUACCUCAGGAAUAUUUGUUUUAAUUUGUUUUA